CGGCCUUCAACUCACGAAGCGUGCCGGAACCUGUCGACCCAUAAAUCCGCCACCAUGUCUAUGCCAAACGAGGCUCUGCAGAAGGUCCUGCAAGAGAUCAGCCAGAAGAAGGCCUUUGCUGAGCAGCAACUCGCCAUCGUCAAGCAGCAAAAGGCAGCCCGGGCGCGAGAGAGCCGCAUGCUGCAACUAACCUCGUCCGAGGUUUCUUCAUUGCCCGAGGACACAAAGGUGUACGAGGGUGUUGGGAAGAUGUUCGUCUGCACGCCUAUUCCAGACGUACAGAAAAGGCUCAAGGAGGAGAGCGAGGCUCUAACCAAAGAAAUGGCCAACUUGGACAAGAAGGAAGACUACCUGGAGAAGACGUACGCGAACAGCAAGAGUAGCCUGGAACAGGUGCUCAAGGGCGCGGCGUAAGCUUAUUCCCACAUGGGGCGUAUCAGAAGUAGAACAUCAGAAGCCGAAAAGACCAAAUGUCAUGGUUAAUAGCGGUGCGUUGAUAUGCCCGCUGCUACUCCGAGCCACUUCGUAGAUAGGCGGUGGACAGACCUUGACACCAUUCGCAAUACUGAGCAUGGUUGAGCUCAUGGUAGAAACGAAAAACUGCUCACAUCUCCAAAUCCACACCACUCAAUUCCAAGGGAAUGAGCCUGUAACAGCCCCAAUUUG